AUGUCGAAAAUCCACGGAACCAAACAGAGCUUAGUGUCAUUGACUGAUACCCAUCAACUUGCAGGAGAAGAGGAUGAAAGUCAAGAUCUUGCGUGGCAUGCUGUUGCUGCAUGGACAUGGGAUGCUCAGGACGAAACAUGUGGCAUUUGUAGGAUGGCAUUUGAUGGUUGUUGUCCUGAUUGUAAGCUCCCUGGGGAUGAUUGUCCACUAAUUUGGGGUGCAUGCAACCAUGCAUUUCAUCUUCAUUGCAUCCUAAAAUGGGUAAAUUCACAGACUUCUCAAGCACAUUGCCCCAUGUGCCGGAGGGAGUGGCAGUUCAAAGGAUGAGAGAUCCCUUUUAAGGAAUUCCUGCCCCCUUCUCUCUCUGUCAUAAUGUGCAGGGAUUGCCGGUGCAGACUUGCAAAUGUUCGGUUGUAUAUUAAACUGAGGCAACUUACAUUUUGCGUAUCUGGUUAUCUAUGCUGAGACAACUAUUCGAGGUUUCAGUUAUCAAUCAUUUGAUGUGUUGCCUCCAAGUCUUGUGUAGUAAACCUCUCUAGUGAACUAUAAAUGACUAUGAGUGAUCUUUUUCUU